CCGCCAUCUGCAAUUGGCUGCUGGAGCCGCUGUCCCGCCUCCCACCGGCUCCCCGGCUGUGCCGGAGUCGGGCGGGUCGGCGAUUAUAAAGCUGGCGGAGGACGGGCUCCGCGUCCUGUCCUUUUGCGGCGUGCUCUUUUCACUAGGUCACUUCCCGGUAACGUUUGGUGCCGGGAGGAGGAAACGGUGACGAACCUGGAGACUGCAUUUCCCUGUCCUUCCCGCAGCUCUUUCACCAUGCCUGGGUCACUUCCCUUGAAUGCAGAAGCAUGUUGGCCAAAAGAUGUGGGAAUUGUUGCCCUGGAGAUCUAUUUUCCUUCUCAAUAUGUUGAUCAAGUAGAGUUGGAAAAAUACGAUGGUGUCGAUGCUGGAAAGUAUACCAUUGGCUUGGGCCAGGCAAAGAUGGGCUUCUGCACAGAUCGAGAGGAUAUCAACUCUCUUUGCAUGACUGUGGUUCAGAAUCUGAUGGAAAGAAACAACCUUUCUUACGAUUGCAUCGGGCGGCUAGAGGUUGGAACAGAGACAAUUAUUGACAAAUCAAAGUCGGUGAAGAGUAAUUUGAUGCAGCUAUUUGAGGAAUCUGGGAAUACAGACGUAGAAGGAAUAGACACGACUAAUGCAUGCUACGGAGGCACAGCUGCUGUCUUCAAUGCUGUUAACUGGAUUGAAUCCAGCUCUUGGGAUGGACGGUAUGCCCUGGUAGUUGCAGGAGAUAUUGCUAUAUAUGCCACAGGAAAUGCCCGACCUACAGGUGGAGCUGGAGCUGUGGCUCUGCUCAUUGGGCCAAAUGCUCCUUUAGUUUUUGACCGAGGGCUUCGUGGGACACAUAUGCAGCAUGCCUACGACUUUUACAAGCCUGAUAUGCUCUCUGAAUAUCCAAUAGUGGAUGGAAAACUCUCUAUACAGUGCUACCUCAGUGCCUUAGACCGCUGCUAUUCUGUCUACCGUAAAAAGAUCCGUGCCCAGUGGCAGAAAGAGGGAAAUGAUAAAGAUUUUACCUUGAAUGAUUUUGGCUUCAUGAUCUUUCACUCACCAUAUUGUAAACUGGUUCAGAAAUCUCUGGCUCGGAUGAUGCUGAAUGACUUCCUCAAUGACCAGAACAGAGACAAAAAUACUAUCUAUAGUGGACUGGAAGCCUUUGGGGAUGUUAAAUUAGAAGACACUUACUUUGAUAGAGAUGUGGAAAAGGCAUUUAUGAAGGCCAGUUCUGAACUCUUUAAUCAGAAAACAAAGGCUUCUUUACUUGUGUCAAAUCAAAAUGGAAAUAUGUAUACAUCUUCAGUGUAUGGUUCUCUUGCUUCUGUUCUAGCACAGUACUCACCUCAGCAAUUGGCAGGCAAGAAGAUUGGAGUGUUCUCUUACGGUUCUGGCUUGGCUGCCACCCUGUAUUCUCUUAGAGUCACACAAGAUGCCACACCAGGAUCUGCUCUUGAUAAAAUAACAGCAAGUUUAUGUGAUCUUAAAUCAAGGCUUGACUCAAGAACUUGUGUGGCACCUGAUGUCUUCGCUGAAAGCAUGAAGCUCAGAGAGGACACUCAUCACUUGGCCAACUACAUUCCCCAGUGUUCUGUGGAUUCACUUUUCGAAGGAACAUGGUACCUCGUUAGAGUGGAUGAAAAGCACAGAAGGACUUAUGCUCGACGCCCCUCUCCAAAUGAUGACACUUUGGAUGAGGGAGUGGGACUUGGUCACUCAAACACAGCAGCUGAGCAUAUCCCAAGCCCUGCUAAGAAAGUGCCAAGACUUCCUGCAACAGCAACAGAACCUGAAGCAGCUGUCAUUAGCAAUGGGGAGCAUUAAAAUACUCUGUGAGGUGCAAGACUUCACAGUGGGGUGGGGCUGGGGGUAUUGGAAUGGUUGGAGGAAUGGGAUAUAUUAUGGGGACAGUUUUAAAGGAUUACAUGUUGCUUGAAUUUUAUGUGACUGACAGAACGUAUGAAAUCGUUUGUGUUGUUGGAAAAGUCUCUUUGCUCAAUUUGCUAAUAUGCUUUUGUGGUCUAGCCAAUGCUAAAUGUACUGGAAUGAUGUUAAGGGCUCUGUAAAAUUUUAUACCUCUCUGGCCAUUUAUAUGCAUGAAGUCUAGUUUUUAAACAUGAUGCAAAUCAUGUGCUUCUGUGAGAAGAAAGCAGAGGUACUAGUCUCCAAUUUAAAUUUCUUUUUUAAAGAUGCAAGAAUUUUAUACUUUGAACAAACAAGAUUAAUGAAAGUACAUGUGGUUUUUGAAAAACUUUUCUAGCUUAGGAAAUGGGGUCUUAAAAUGUGAAGUGAACAAACCUUGUUUGAAAAUGGUAGGGCAACCAUGGUUUUCCUAGGAUUACAUAUCCUAAGGAGGGGGAAAAAGAGUUAGGACAGUAACAGUGGUCUGGACUCUGGGAUACUGCAGAAUGUCCAGGCCAGCAGUGACAAGUUACUGUAAUGACCGCUGAACACAGAUGCCAGCGUUGAGCAGGCGUCUACAUAGAAUACAACGGUUCGUUUGAGAGCUGUGGAUGUAGCUGCAGAAUUGAUUGUUCCAGAUCAGUUCAUAGUGGAUUAUCAUGCUCACAACCUUGGUGGUAGGGGUGUAUGGAAGAGGAAGCUUGUUACAGUCUUUCUUUGCACCUUAUUUUAAAAGAUACAAGAAACUUUUUGGCUGCCUUUUAAAAAUUUAAAAAGAAAAGAGGAUGGGGCAGGGCAUUAUUAGGUUACUUUUGCUUCAGUGUUACAAAUUUAAUUUUUAGACUGACAACUUAAAUUCUUGGUGUAAAUGGUCUUUUGUUGUGUGUGUGUGUGUGUGUGUGUGUGUGUGUGUGUGUGUGUGUCUGUAUCUGUCUGUUUGUCCAAUGAAACUAAAAAAGUACAGCCCAAGUUUUUACAUAGUCUGACUAGCCAAAAAAAAAAAAUUAUUCUACUUCAAAGUCUAGAAGUAGGAUUUGUAAAGCUUUUCUUAGAUUUCCAACCUAAAAAAACAAAACACACAAAAAAAGGUCAUGUGGUAUAAAAAAAAAGUUUGGUUGGAACGUUUUAUAGAUGUUUUUGGUGCUGAACUCUGACAUGAGCCUUAUAGAUUGUAAAAUAGAGAUAGUUGGAACUAAUGUACAGAACUAAAUUUUUUAAAACAUUAUUUGCUAUUAAAUUCUGUGAAGUUUCAGUUAUCUAAAAUAACCAUUCACAAAUAUGAGAUGUAAUGUUUCAGAUUGCAAGGAUAUAUGUACUGUAGUGUUUGUAAGAUACUAUUGUCUAAUAUUAACAGUAGUUUUUGAUUUGUACAGCUAUAAUUUGUUAAAAUGACUUCAUUUUAAUAUCCACUUCUGUAGAUUAAUGUACGAAGAACGGUGGGAAAAUGGUGCAUGUAACACUUCUGCAAGUGUUGGGAGUUCAGUGUGUUUUGAAAAACAGUAAUUUAACAUUUGGGUGCCAAGAAAUGGUUUUCUCCAUGUCCAUUGCCGGCAAUGGGCAGGCCUGCUAAUACUGGCACAGAACAUUAACUGUACGCCUUAUCAUCGGUGAGGUGAAUAACUUUGAAAUAAAGUUUUAGAGAAAUA